AAUCAAGUUGAAAUAGAAAAAUGAGUAUUAACUUAUUAAAUUAACAUUUACGUAUUCGUUUUUAAAUAAUGUUUUACCUUAAAACGACUAAUUAUUUUAAUCCCAGUCAAAAAUGGGACUACAUCAACUUGUAAAUUAUUUGUUCAUUGUUCAUGUAUCACAAACAGUUGUUAAUUGCUUCGCAUUCGAUUUAAGGAACAGACAUUUUAGAAGAUCACUAUUCCCAGGAUUCCGAGAUAUUCAGGAUUCAUUUUCUAAUACUUACAGCAACACAUCACAAGAAACCUUUUAUUGGAAACGAAAAAAUGAAACCAGUAAUAAUAAUCAUAAAGAAAGCGACUAUCUCUGGCGAAACGCAAAAACUGUCACAAAGUUAAAAACCUCCACUACCCAUUCUAAAAGAAUAUAUUACAUUGCUUUGGUAUCCCGUCACAAGCAUCUAUCAUCUACUCCGAGUAAUAUAGAAUUCGAUUAUUUAGACGAAGAUCAGUACCAUACCAAGAAUACCAGUUUGAAAAGGUUACACAGAGUUGACUCCAAUAACAGAGGCGCUAUUCGGGAUGAAUUCACGACUAGGAUACAUUCCAAUUUGCGCUCUUCUAUGUCAUUUGACAUUAAUGAUCCAUACGAUGUAGAGGAAUUGUUACCCGUAUCCAAACCUCCGAAAAUUCUAGAGUCUGCUUUAUUUCCCCACCGCCAAGCUUUCAACAAGUUUAAAAUGAAUGUGGAUAAAAUUAAGAAUAACAUCAGAGUAAGCGAUUUAAUUAACAAUGAAGCCUAUUUGAGGCAAAAGCUUGUUACGGUAAAAGUAUCUGUGAAAGACUCUCAAGUGCCAACGACCACUGUAAAAUCACCGGUACAAUCUACAACGUCUGCAUCAACCACUGUCUUCACAACGCCUAAUGACAGAGUGAAAUUCUUUGAAAUAUAUGAUACAAAUACCUUACGACCUUCGAAGAAAAGAAAAAAAUUAAAUUAUAAGAGUCAAUAUCAGAGUCAGAAAAUACCAGAGAUUAUAUCAAUAACAAAGAAUUUCUCAAAUAAAAAAAGCAACGAAGAGAGUAGCAUUCCUAGUCAAGUUUCGUGUCUUGAUAACUCAAAAAACGCAAGAUUUGAGAAGAAAAAAAAGAAUUUCAGAAAAAGGUCAUUUAAAUUGGGUGGUAGUUUAGAUAUUUUACACCAAAUUCCUGAAAAUAAUGUUUCGGAAUUACAUGCCACUUCAAAAACGAUCGUCUUCUCUAAAUCAAAACCUUCAACAAGAACUUCCAUGGCGAAUUGGUCCAGUUAUCCUUUUGCAUCUGUUUACAUCUAUGAACCGACGCAGACAUAUUGCGAUGCAUCAGGUAUAAGUCCGCACUGGUUGCUAGCUGCCGGGUCUUGCCUAUCGCGACACAACUUGGUAUACUCAAUUGACGAAAGGUCGGCGUAUGUGACAUACUGCGGAGAGCAUUGGCGAUCACCAGAGCGUAUCGCUUAUGUCAAAAGAAUUGUGGUGCAUCCGAAGUUCAACCCAAACGAUAAAGUUAGAAGACUUCUUUUUAACAUGGGGUUGAUCCAAGUGUCGAAUUCAAUGUCCACUUCUUGCCCUCGUUGGGCACCAAUCGCAAUGAUGUCACACCAGUUCUCGAUUAGCUUGGCGGGUACUAUGGCUUCUGCGGUAGGCUGGGGUUUAGACAGAUACCGAUCGAAAACGACGGAAAAGCUACCGCGCCGGCCUCUUACUGUAUACGAAGCUCUGGUCUAUCACAAUACAUGCCCGGGGAGUUCCACGUUUAGAAUCGCGAAACGCCAAGCUGACAGUGGCGUCAGUAACUUGUACUGUCUCCUGCUUCCGGAGUACACUGGAGAGGAGAACGACUCCGUGCACGGCGGACUGUUGCUGGUCGACGGGAAGCUGAUUGCUCUUUACUUGCAGGAAGAACGUCGUUCGUGGGGCAGCCAGUCAGCGCAGUACACGGGCGUGUGGCGGCUCCUCCCGUGGAUCACGGAUAUAGCGCACGAACCCGACUACGAGUAUAUCACUUUGGACGUAUAGACAUUUUAAGUAAUAUAAAUAGUAGGUCCAGUUUUAUAAUUUUUUAAUCACGAUUAUUUACACUAAACAAAACUUCAAACAUAAUUUUAGUCUCUCAGAAUUGUUAGAUUCUUGUAUCGUAAUAUGUAUGACUAAAUAGUAGCGGUCGGUUAGGUCUUUUAGUGUCCCGCUCAGAAAUUAGCAAUGCUAGACAAUUUUGGCGGUUGACGUCCAUGUUAUGUCGUUAUAAAAUAUAUUCUCCAUAUAAUUAACUCACCAAGUGAGCCUUAAAAACAAGCCGAACUUAUAGUUCGUUAAUUUUAGCAUUAGAAUAACGCUACGCGAUCUUGACGUGUCUUUUAAUUGAAAAACGCAUUUUAAAAAUCAGUAACGAUUACUUAUGAAAGCAAAAGAAUGUAAAUAAUCGUAUAUGAUUCAUAAUCGUUACAUACCUAUUUACCGUGACUUAUUUUUCAAAAGUGUUUUUCAAUAAAAAGACGCUUCAAGAUUGUUUACCUUUUUUCCAUAGAAGUAGCAUCCUAUAGAAGUAGUGUGCGCGUGCCUCCGUGAGGGACAAAAUAUACGCAAUGCGACAAUAUUAAAAACACGUUUUAACAUUCCUGACAAUAUACCAAAAACAAUCUACGUAAUUCGGUCGGGUUAUUUGUUGCCCACCAUAGCCCAUACUAUCAAAAAGGUGGGGAACAAACAAAAAGUGAGACUGUGACAAGGAGAAGCAAUAGAAUCGCUUUCUCUGCUACUCCUGCUGAAAGUUCUAUAAGUGUAUCUCGUUCGGUCAUUUGGCCCCUCCCCCGUGUCUUCUCUAUAUUAUUGUACCUCUAUGUUUUUUUCUAAUGCUAAAAAAACGAACUAUACGAGUAGAGCGCGUCAUUUGUAUAUAAAAAGAAAACUACCUACUCGUUGACUUUGGUACACCGAACUAUGUAAAAGUCAAAAUUCUACGUGUCUAACAUGCUGCCGUGCUACAAACAAUCACUUAGAGGAUAUAAGUGAUAUAACCAACGGAGACGCCAUGUCUCAAAUUUUCGGUACAAAAUAGUCUGCCGUUUUUAUGCGGCGACCAUUGGCCGCCUAUUUUCGACAGAGGGGAACGCCUGUUAAUGGCGGCUCCAUUGUUAAUUACUCCGAGAACAAUCACGAUUUAAUGGUACGAAUGUUAUCUAAUUACCCGUGAUUUGUCCCAGCCAAUUUCUGAUUUGCAUAGACGCUUCCGCUCUGCACUACCCGUGUUGAAGCUUAAAUAUGAAAGUUGCUAUAUCUCUUGAUAUGUAUCAAGACAGACAGACAGAAGCAACUUAUAUAAAUAAAUUAUCUGGAAUUUACAAGCACGACUUCAUUUUAUGUGAUAAUUUAGACAAAAAGAAGACAUGGUGGUCGGUAAUGGAGUUUGCGAAGUAAUAAUAAAUUAUUUACGCUCGAUUGUGAAAUAAUUGGAUUCGGUGGAAAAUUCAAAGUUGUUAAGUAGUCACUCAGUGGGUGAGAGUUUACGACGUUUUCGUAAAUUUUUCAUUUUUGUGUUAUUUGAUUUAUACGUUUUUCUUUUUUGAAACUUUGUUUUGUUUUACAUAAUU